AAAUGGGCAGCAUGUUUGUAUGGUUUUUGAAUACUUGGGUGACAAUCUUUUGACCCUAAUUAAAUAUUCGGACUACAAGGGAAUUCCUCUUCAUAUGGUUAAAGAAAUUUGCUUCCAUAUUUUAGUGGGAUUGGAUUAUUUGCACCGGCAUCUAUCAAUCAUACAUACAGACUUGAAACCGGAGAACAUUUUGCUUCUUUCGACGAUUGAUCCAGCUAAAGAUCCGACAAAGUCAGGUGCAACUCUUGUUAAGCCAUUCAGUAAAAGCAAGAUCCUGUCCGAGUCUGGGACUUCUAAAGAUGCAAAGAGCUCAAAUGGCGACCUGACCAAGAAUCAGAAAAAGAAAAUCCGAAAAAAGGUUAAGCGAGCAGCCCAAAAGUGUGUGGGGAAGGAAGCUUCUGAGGAUGCUGAGCCAGAUAAUGAGGCUAGUAGUCCCGAAGAUUCUCAUAAUGAUGAUAAAUUCAAUUGUAAGUCCAUUGAAGAACAGACCAAUAUGAAUGGAGUGAAGGAUGCACGUGAAGGAACUAAACUUAAUAGGAGAGGCACCCAUUCAACAAGGCAGAAGCUAUUGGCUGAGGUUGACCUAAAUUGCAAAUUGGUUGAUUUUGGAAAUGCUUGUUGGACGUAUAAACAAUUCACUAGUGAUAUUCAGACAAGACAGUAUAGAUGUCCAGAGGUUAUACUAGGAUCCAAGUACUCAACAUCAGCUGAUAUGUGGUCAUUUGCUUGCAUUUGCUUCGAGCUGGCCACCGGUGACGUACUUUUUGAUCCUCACAGUGGUGACAACUAUGAAAGAGAUGAGGAUCAUUUGGCCCUGAUGAUGGAGCUUCUUGGGAUGAUGCCACGGAAGGUUGCCUUAGGUGGGCGCUAUUCCCGAGAAUUAUUUAAUAGAUAUGGAGAUCUGAGACAUAUUCGACGAUUAAAAUUUUGGCCUCUGAAUAAGGUGCUUAGGGAGAAAUAUGAGUUUUGUGAGCAAGAUGCGGAUGACAUGGCGGAUUUCCUGGUGCAGAUACUCGAUUUUGUGCCAGAGAAAAGGCCAACAGCAGCACAAUGUCUUAAUCACCCAUGGAUCAGUGCAGGCCCUAAGAGACUCACCCCUUCUAUCUCUGCAAUGGAAAACGGUUGUGUAGAUAAGGAGGAAAAGGGGGAGAGGGAGGCUGUGGAGGUUGGAGUAGGAAACAUUGCUAUUGAUGGAGCGCCAAAACCAGUUAAAGAUUCUCUGCCCACUGUAAACCCUCCAAAGCAGUCAUAGUCAAUCUUGUGUUGUCUUCAAAUGUGUUCGACCCUUUUCCUCUUCAAAAAAUUCCGCCAUUCUCACUUAUUUCUGUUCCCCCCUUUACGUUCAAGGAAUUUCCAAUUCUUUAGUAAAGUGCUUAGGAGAAUGGAGAACUGGAAGAAUUUAUGUCACUUCUUGUUCUCAAUAGAAUGCAUUGAUGUAUCUCUGUACAAUGUUUAUCGUCUGUUCUUGGGGCAUAUGUUUCAGAUUUUGCCGGUUAUGAUUUAUUGAACCUCCAAUUGUUUAUUGGUGCUUUGUAACAGAACUUUAUAGCAGUAUAAUUAGAGAAACUUGAUGUUGCU